AUGGUCGUAGUGCCAGGUGAUCCGCAGCCUUCAUCCAGUUCCAGUUGCGAAAUAGAAAGCUCUCCAUCGUCUCCUGGCGUGCAGUUCAAUCCAUCACGUUGCGGCCUUCCUGGGGGUGACAUGCAACUUGGUCGUGCCGCGAAUACCCUCGACACCGAUCGAGCACUGGAAGCUGCAGAUACUUCGACUAGCGAAGAACAAAUAGAGGCUCCAGCUCCAAAGCCUGCUGCAAUAACUUAUGGUGACGUACCUCGUCAGGUACCAUUAGAUGAAAAUGGUCAUAAAUACGUUGGACUCAUCAAUCAGGCGAUGACUUGCUAUCUCAACAGCCUCGUCCAGUCUCUGUAUAUGACUCCAGAGUUCAGAAACGCCAUAUACAAGUGGGAGUACCGCAGCAGUGGAAAAUCGGGAAACAUCGGAGAAAGAGAAGCUAGGAGCAUUCCUUAUCAGAUUCAGAAGUUGUUUUUGUUACUCCAAACGAGUGACCUAGGUUCACUAGAAACGAAAGACUUGACGGCAAGUUUUGGGUGGUCUAGCAAUGAAGCUUACGAUCAACAUGAUGUCCAAGAACUCUGUCGGCUCAUGUUCGACGCCCUAGAGCUCAAAUGGAAAGGCACUCAAAAUGAGAAGUUAAUUCAAAAUCUAUACAGAGGAAAAAUGCAGGACUUCGUCAAGUGUUUGAAGUGCGGUAGGGAAAGUUUGCGAACAGACGUUUUCCUCGACCUUCCGCUUGCUGUGAAGCCAUUUGGCGCUGUUGAAGCAUUCCGCAGCGUUGAAGAGGCUCUUCAAGCGUUUAUCACCCCUGAACUCCUCGAUGGAAGUAAUCAGUAUUUUUGUGAACGAUGUAACUCGAAACAAGAUGCUCAUAAGGGUUUACGUGUAACAGAGUUCCCGUACCUGCUCACCAUUCAGCUCAAACGAUUUGAUUUCGAUUACAACACUAUGCAUAGGAUAAAACUGAAUGAUAGGAUGACGUUCCCUGAUGUACUUGAUCUUAACCCCUUUGUUCAUCCACCAAAUAGUGCUGAAUUUCCGAACGAGGAACUUUCUGUUUCAAGGAGUGUAAACGCA